AUAUUCAGUUUGUUAAUGUCUUCAGUAAGAUAAUUGCUAAAUCUGUGCUCUCUUUUAAUAAUCCUCAUAUUCUACAUCUGUCACACCUACUUUACACAUUAAAUAGUGAAGAAACAUAGAAAACAAGAAUUUGUCACCAAUGAUACAUUAAUGAAGACUGACAUUAUCAACAAGACCAUGUGACAUUGAUUACAUAACCUUGAAGUGAUUUAUGUAUUUAUAAAAGAAAGGAAUUGCUUUUGCAGUUGAUGAACCACAGGCAACCACAAUAUGGAGGAGACAUUGAGGAGUGAGGGUCAGGCUCACGUUGAAAUAAAAUCUGAGAAUAAAGGUAUAUCUCAUGAGACAAAAUUAGAUGUAGGAAAACAGUUCUACACCUGUGAUGUAUGUUUAUUAAUAUUCUCUGAUGUUGAAAGUUUGACUAAUCACAAACUUACCCACACAGAUAAGAAAACACAUCACUGUGAUAUCUGCGCUAAAGUAUUCUCCGACAGUUCAAAGUUAACUCGUCAUAAAUGUACUCACACUAGAGUCAAGCCAUACUGCUGCGAUGUCUGUGGCAAAACGUUCUCUCGCAAUGACAAUCUGACACGCCAUAAGUAUAUCCACUCGGGCAAAAAGCCAAGCCGCUGUGAAGUCUGUGGUAAAACAUUUUACACAAUUGAAAAUUUAACUGCUCAUAAACGUAUUCACACUGAGGAGAAGCCAUAUUCUUGUAAUAUCUGUGGUGAGAAGUUUCGUGAAAGUAAAGUAUUAAGUUCUCAUAAACGUAUUCAUAUAGAUGAGAAACCAUACCACUGUGAUGUGUGUGGUAAAAAGUUCUCUCAAAAUGGCUAUUUAAACUAUCAUAAACUCAUUCACACAGGAGAGAAACCAUACCACUGUGCUAUCUGUAGCAAAGCAUUUUCUCGGAAUGAUUAUUUAAAGCGUCACCUACGUAUUCAUACUGGGAUAAAGCCAUAUGAAUGUGAUAUCUGUGGUAAAAGAUUCUCUGGAAGUGGACAUCUGACAUGUCAUAAACGUACACACACAGGUAAGAAACCAUACCAAUGUGAUGUGUGUGGUAAAUCAUUCUCAGCCAGUGGAAAUUUAUCUUGUCAUAAGCGCAUUCAUUCAGAGGAGAAGCCAUACAAAUGUGAUGUCUGUGAUAAAUCAUUCUCUCAAAGUGGACAUUUAAGUAAUCACCGGAAUAUUCACACAGGAGAGAGACCAUACCAGUGUGAUGUCUGUGGGAAGACCUUCUCAGUAAGUGGAGAUUUGUCUCGUCAUAAGCGCAUUCACAGUGGUAUAAAACCUUACCAAUGCGAUAUCUGUGGUCGAGCAUUUUACGAAAUGAAAUCAUUAAUUAGCCAUAAAUAUAAUCAUAUGGAUGAGAAGCCGUUCAGCUGUGAUAUCUGUUUUAAAACAUUCUCUCAGAACACUUAUUUGAAACGUCACAAACGCAUUCACACAGCUGUAAAGACUCGUGAUUCUGACAUGGCCAAUAAAGAGCUCACUGCAAGUGAAAAUCUAACUUCUCAUGAAUCUAUUUUCACAAGUGAGAAAUUGCAUCAGUGUGAUAUCUGUGGUAAAAUAUUUUCACAAAAGAGAUAUUUGGUUAGUCACAGAGAUAUUCAUACAUGUGAUAAACCAUAUCAUUGUAAUAUAUGCGGUAAAUCAUUCUCUCAAAACGAGUAUUUGACUCUUCACCAACGCAUACACAUAGAAAGGCCAUAUCCAUGUGAUACUUGUGGUAAAACAUUUUCUACGAGUAAAAUUCUAACCCGUCAUAAACGCAUUCAUACUGGAGAAAAACCAUACCAUUGUGAUAUAUGUAGUAAGUCAUUCUCUCGAAACGAAUAUUUGACACUUCACAAACGUAUUCACACAGGAGAAAAACCAUAUUCUUGUGAUAUUUGUGGUAAAGCAUUCUCUGCAAAAAAAAUUUUAACACGUCAUAAAAUGUAUUCGCACAACAGAGAAACCAUGCUAUUGUGAUAUCUGCAGUAAACAAUCUUCGUAUAAAAACUACUUAAAAUAUUUAUCAGUAUUCACACACUGGAGUAACUAUAGUGUGUGUUAAAUAUUGGAGAUGGAUCAAAUAUCUUUUGUAACAUAAUACUUGUCAUUUUUGCAGUACGUUUAGGCUGUAAUUGUCAUCCCCGCUGAAGUACAAUGAUAUAGUAGUCAUGUUGUUAAUCAAAUAAGAUAAAUUAUGUAGCAAGCUUUAGUUAAGUGUAUGUAAAAGUGAUCUCAUCUUACUGUGAGGGGAACCUACUGAUCUAAUUAUUAAAUGAGUGUAGCUUAACUAGGUUUGGCUUUUCCUACCUCACAUUCUGUUUGGUUUAAUACAACCCCUUAGAUUUGGACAUGGAGGCAUUUGAGAAAGCUCAGUCUGCUGCACACAUUUAGAUAAAGCCAACAAUUUGCCUUUUUAUGAAAAUUAUUAAUAAAAAAUGUCCUUAAUCAUCAAGCAAGUAGAUGGGCAAAAAACUAACACCUUAAAUAUGUCGCUUUACGUCUUUCACUAAAACCAAAGCUUCUAACCUCAAAACUCCCUGUGCUGCAUAGACAAAGAACAUUGCCCACGAGUGUUGUAAGUUUUUAUCAACUCUGACCCCUUAGCAUUCAGAUCAUUCAUAUUCAGCCGAAAUAUUGUUCCUGUCUUCUGUUCAAACUGGCCAGAUCAAGCCUCUCACAACUACCCUCCAGUGUUAGUCUAAAAAUGUAAUCACAAUCAAAAUCUCACGGCUACAAAAUAAUGCAGGAUAAAUUCAAUACAAUGUGAAUAAAUAAACAUUACAUUUGAUAGAAUAAUCUGAAUUGUUGUUGGCACUCCGUCGGUUACGACGACGAGGGGGGUUCCAGUUGAUCCGAUCAACGGAACAGUCUGCUUGUGAAAUUAACGUGCAAGUGGCUGAGCACUCCACAGACACGUGUACCCUUAACGUAGUUCUCGGGGAUAUUCAGCGUGACACAGUGUGACAAGGCUGACCCUUUGAAUUACAGGUACAACAGAAACAGGAAGUAGGAGUGAGAUAAAGUUGUGGUGGAAGAGUACAGCAGGGUUCACCAGCAUCCCCUGCCAGAGCCUCAUGGAGCUUUAUGUGUUUUCGCUCAAUAAACACUCACAACACCUGGUCUGGGAAUCGAAACCGUGAUCUUAUGACCACAAGUCCACUGCCCUAACCACUGGGCCAUUGUGCCUCCACAGAAUAAUCUGAAUACUAAAGGGUUAACAAUGCCUCAGGUUAUCUUCUAAAACAAAAAGCAGUAAAUACUUUGGUACAUUACUCAGCCAUGAAACUCUCUCAUCUUGCAAACUGUGGUAGAGUCAUCUAGCCCCUUGCAGACUCUUCCAGUCCGCCGUUCCUCAAACUAGCUGGCUCUGUUAGCAACCCACACAUGCUGUUAAAAGUCCUACGUUUGCUCUCAACUAACUUUAGUUCCCAACUUUGUAUUGCAUGUUCUUGACUAGACAUUACACUCUAUCAUCUCUAGUUUCACUUACCCAACAUGUGAAAAUCUCUUAUCACAUCAAUCCAACAAAGUGAUUAGUCCUAACUCUUUCCUUUCCAUCAAUCAUAAGCAGCACAUUCAAUUUACAUCCAGCCCUUCCAAAUACUUCAACUUCUCUCUAACUAUAAUUAUUUAUCACAAUCCAUGGAAGCAUGCAGCAGUGUGUCCCAUCACCCUAAGGCAGUGUUGCUCAACCUUUUUGCCCUUGUGUAACCCUUAAAAAAAAUUAUAUACUAUAUCUUUCUCAUAUUUUUUUCAUCGUAGUUCAUGUGGUAAAUAUCAUAUAUGUGUGUGUGUGUGUGUGUAGAGUGUUAGGUGUGAUGUACAGAAGUAAAUAUUGAAAAAAAAGUCGUCAGAAUUUUAGAAUAACUUCUUUCAUUUAUUUUAUACAUAUAUUAGCGCUUUCCUUUGUCUUUCAAACUUGUCAAAUAUAAAUCUGUGAAAUUACAGAGAUCUUGCUUAUUUAUAUAAAGACAGGUGUUUUUGGGGGUUUUGUUUAUAACAGAACAUUAUUUUGUUUUUUUGUUUUUUUGGGGUGAGGCUUGUUUACUACUUACUGUAUUGUUUUGAAAGGGUUUUUAGGGAUGGUAGAAGAAGAGAAGAAAAAUAGAGAAUAAUGAA